AACAGGAACCCGGGUGGGUUUGUUCCAGUAAUACCUGGUGCGCUGCCUUUUGGUGGGCCCUGCUUGGCGGGCUUGGGACUUUCGGGGGCCGUGGGCAGGAGCAGCAGCCGUUCUGAGCAUCCCUUGCGGUUCGGAAGAGGGAGGGAGGACGGGCCGGAGCCUCCCGGCUCGGAGCUGGGUGUGACGCUGAGGGGAAGCAGGUUUUGAUGUGGUUAGGUGGACGGAGGGAAGGUGGAGGAAAGGGGGAUUGUCAGGUCCUGCCUCACGCAGAGCGCUGGGGCCCUACCCGCAGCCAGGAGGAACUUGUGUGCGCUCCACAGAGGCACGCUGGAGUUUAUCCAGUGCCGAUGUGCAUCAGGCUGCUUGAGGAGCUUUGAUGAAAAGAACCUGUGGAAGAUACCUUGUUUAGGUUUUAAUUUGUGGUGCUCUCUCUUGCACUUCUUGUCUUUAUUACAAACAAAUCGAAGGAAAGUGCCGAGGAGUAGAGUUUGUUCUGUUAGGAGUCACAUCUGCUUCUGUGAAAAGAUGAUCAUCGUGCUUUUGGAAGAGAACUGACUGAAAAUGUCUCAGAAUCCUGACAAGCCACAUUCAAGUGAAGAAAAGUUGAGUGGUUUGGAGGAUGAUCAAGAGGAGAGCUUGGACAACCUGGAUCAGUCUAUCAGAAAAAGAAUACGACAGAGUGCUCCAGGGUCACACAGAGAGAACACACCAAAGUCUAGUCCUCCUCGGCCUGUGUCAAUAGAAGAACUGAUGGAAGCUGCUAAGGGAGUAACCAACAUGGCAUUAGCACAUGAAAUUGUUGUUAAUGGAGACUUUCAGAUAAAACCAGCUGAAUUACCAGAACACAGCUUAGAAAAAAAAGUAAGAGAUAUUGUGCAUAAAGCUUUCUGGGAUUGUCUGGAAGCUCAGCUAAAGGAAGAUCCACCAACAUAUGACCAUGCAAUUAAACUAUUGGGAGAAAUUAAAGAGAAUCUCCUGUCUUUCUUGUUGCCUGGUCAUACUAGACUGAGAAGCCAGAUUACAGAAGUUCUUGAUCUGGAUUUGAUAAAACAGGAGGCAGAAAAUGAGGCCCUUGACAUUUCUAAAUUGGUUGAAUUUGUUAUUGGGAUGAUGGGGACUCUUUGUGCUCCAGUUCGAGAUGAAGAAAUUAAGAAACUUAAAGAUAUUCAUGAAAUAGUUCCUCUGUUCAGAGCCAUUUUCUCUGUAUUAGACCUAAUGAAAAUGGACAUGGCAAACUUCGCUGUCAGUAGUAUUAGGCCAAAAUUAAUGCAGCAGUCUGCUGAGUAUGAAAGAAAGAAGUUUCAGGAGUUUCUUGAGAAACAGCCAAAUUCUUUAGACCUUGUCACAAGGUGGUUGCAAGAAGCCGCAGAUGAUCUUGCAGAGCUGAGAUGUAAAAUGUUGCCUUCCCACAGUGGUGCUGAUGGUGCUAGUGGUGGAGCUUCUGCCUUGUGCUCCACUGCUGUACAAAAUCAGGCCUAUCUGAAGCUCCUGAAGUGGGAUCACGCAAACAGGCCUUUUCCAGAAACAGUGCUAAUGGACCAGACCCGCUUCCAGGAAAUACAGCUGGAGCUGGAGCAGCUCCUGGUGGUUGGGACAGUCCUUCUGGUCACGUUCAGUGCAGCAGGCUCGGCACUCGUUGACAUGCCUGGAUUUGCUGAGAAAACCAAAACCAUUGUCAAGGUGCUGCUGACAGGAAUGCAUCUUCCGUCCUUUAACCUGAAGGAAUCUUUGGCUACCAUCAGUGAAAAGGUGUGUGCUGAAGUUAACAGCUGCCUUUCCCAGCAUGGCUUUACACCUUUCUCAGCUGAGAGAGAGACUGUCCUUAAGGGACAAAUCCAGGCAGUGGCCCAUCCGGAUAACACCAUAUGCAAGCUAAUAGAUUCUCGCAUUCAAAAGUUUCUGGAGAAUUAUCUUGCCUCUAGUCACCAGAAAUCAGUACCUGCUGUUCCUGGAGGAUUAGGCCCUAUUCAAAGAGAGCUGGAAGAGGUUGCUGUCAAGUAUGUUCGUCUUGUCAACUACAACAAAAUGGUCUUCAGCCCAUACUAUGAUGCAAUCCUUGGCAAAAUACUGACUAAGGAAGAAGCCCAACUUGUAGGGAAGUCAGAAGAAUCAUAAAACCAGUUUGUAUCCUCCCGGUAUGGUAUUGUCAGCUAAUUUUAAAAAUUGCACCGAUAUUUGUCUAGGAAAACAGCUUUCAGUGUAAAUACUGGUUCCUUUUAAUUCACUAGUGAUGGCUGAAGAAAAUACAUGAAAUGCAAACGGGGUUCUGAAGUAAAUGAUGAAAGAGAGAUGCAUUUUUCAUGUGAGCAUGCAACCUAGGUGGGUAUGUCCUGGUAGUUUUCUGGCUGCAAUUUUUAGAUUUUUGAGCUGGUGCUAGGUAGGACAAGUUUAAGAACCAAACUUUGUAUUUAAGUGGCUCAUUUUAGGGCAUUUUACUCUAAUUUACCAUGAAUUUAGUUUAAGUAAUCCAGAGCAGACUAGCAAUGGUCCUUCCCAGAAGGGGUGAUUUGGCUUUAAGAAAAUCUUACUUUAAAGACUUAGGAAGUAAGCUAAAAUUCUAAAGAAGAGAAACUUUAACAGGCAAAAAAAGAAAGCCAAACAGCACUUUAUUGUAACAUUAUGGUUAGCAUGGUAGGCUACUAGUCUUUUCUGCAUUUUACUGCAUUUCUAAUAGCAUUUUUUUGCUGUUUACCUGCAGAUCUUACAAAACACAUAAUAUAUUUUUGUAGCAAAUUUUCUGGUUAUUGGGUAACUGUCCUCUGCUAUGUACAGUACUUACAAAGGUGGCAAUCUUAUAGAUUGCAGCUGUAUUUAUCUCUUGUAAAGACUUCAGAAGGGCAGAGCUAAAACGUUUUGAUGAAAAUAGCAUUUCUUACCUUUUUUUUUUUUGGCUAGUAGUUGACUCCUUUUUACAUGAAAUACUGAUUUUGAAGUAAAUCUUUGUCAUUUUUCGGAAGGUGGAUUUAAAGUGUACGAACCUUCAGGCUGAAAAUUUUACUUGUUUUUUUAAAACUACAACUGGAGAUGGUUGCAUAUUCAAUCAUGUCUUCAGAAAUAUCCAGGAGGUGCAGAGCACUGUUGGAAGUGUAAGUGAUUUCAAUGUACUGCAAGAAUUGAGUGAUUUCGUGUCAGUUUGAAUACACAGGGAAUAUUUUCCUUACAUUUUUUUUUCACUUUGUAGAGGUGUUCUUGAAACUUAAAAUAUUUGUAGGUCUUGAAUUUGGUUUGAUAGAUGCUGUACAGAAGAGCUCAAUGAUCUUAAAGGCUUUUUGCCAUUUCAAACGCAGCUAGGAGGUCAGUACAUUUGACAUUUUCCUCUAGUUGAGCACAACGCUGUGUUACAGUCAUCAAAAUUUGAUGAUUUUAUGAAAGCAAAGUUCAUAGUUAGUGUCUCCAAGUGCUAGACUAUCCAAAAAUAGAAUGUAUUGUUUUAUUUUUCAAAAACCCCAAACCCAACAAGUUAUAUAAAAUAAAUAAACGGGCCCUUUUAUUGCUAACAUCCAGUUUCAUUUUAUUAAUCAACUAGUCAACCAGAAAUAUAGAACUAAGAAGGAAGCACUUGAUUAUGAAUCAGUGUUGAUGCUUCCCCUUCCAGUUUUCCUUUAAAUGUCAGUGUGGAUAUAACUGCACUAACUUUGAGUUUGGAGGAAGGUGGGAUAAGCCAGACCUUUUAUUCCAUAUUAGCCUAUGCAAAUAUAAAACAAAUCUCUCAUUCAUUAGAAACCCCCUUCCCCAAGGAAAACAAACACACACCAAAGCCCUGUAAGUGAUCCCCAGCUCAGACAAGUGAAUUUUCUCUUGGCUAAAUGUACUCAGAUAGGAAAAUGAAUGUCUGUCUUUGACUCCUUCUUUGAUAAAUCAAAAAUGAGUAGGUUGAUUAGCCAGAAAAAAAAAGUUCUGAGUAGGUUUUUGGUGUGGUCUCUUUCAUUGUUUGACUCAGCAAAGGAUACUACAGAGGUCUUCAAGAUUGCUGCUUACUGUACUUUGUUAUUAGGAUCCACUUCCAAAUACAGCCUAUAGCUCUGCAGCUCCAGAAAAUGUAUUCAGUAGUCUGCUUAAUGAGAGCACUACGAGAAGCAUUCUUGCUAGAGAUGUAAAAAAAAAAAAACCAAAACAACAAGACAAAGCUGUUUUCAUCUUUGUUAAAGGAGAGUUGCAAAAGUUAGAAAUGGCUGCUGUUAUUUUAUAAUUCAGUAUUGCCUAGAAGCUGCCUUUAGAGGGCCCUGUGAAUUAUGCAAACUACAAAAAUGUAGAUGCUGUAGGGGGUGAUUUCAAAGCUGUGGGGAGGAACAUCCCUGUGGUGAACCACUGUGCUUGGAAAAGGCUUUGAAAAGUAAGUGGCUGAUGCCAGAAUGACUGGGACUGUGUUAUCAAUAAAUAAAAUUGUACUUGCCUUGAAGAUGGCUGCUCCCAGAUCUGGAUUUCCGGGUCCAGAUGUCCAUGAUGGCCAACUCCUGCUUAGUCUGACAUCUGCGGGUGGAUGGUGCUGCCAGUAGCACCUGCAUGGAUCCUCAGGCUUCCUGUAGAGGUCAGUGCAGUCCCCACCUCUGGCUCCAGCUUCAGCCCCCCUCGGGGGUGGGGUAGCCCUUUCCACAGUAGCCAUCUAAAAAGGUUUGGUGUUUGUUGUUUUUUAAUGAUAGUGGGUGACAAAAUGUUUCUCUACAUCCUCUGUAGAAACAGGGAGAUUCGAUGAAGUGGCAAAGCAAAAAUGCAAUUCUGGGCUUGGUAAGGCCAGACCCUACUUCCAUGUGAGCAGUUGUGUGGUUGUAGGAACCUGCCAGGCUGGGAGGGGAGAGCAGGGCCCUGCAGGCACCCCCAGCGCGGGGGGGUGGGAACGUUGUUCAGCUUGGCCAGGAGCUGAAUGUUCCCGUGGCCUUACCAGAGUGCAGCUCUGAACAGCCAGGCACAGGGUAAAGCCUGCACAGAAACUGCUUUGAAACUUCCCGUGGUGUUUUUUGUUGGCUUGUUUGAAAAUAACAGGUUAAACUGUGUAGCUAAUAUAUUAACAUGUAGCUUUGUACAUUAAGUGAAGACCAAUGCAGUUAUCCAGGAACAGACUGUGUUAGCUGGUACUCUUGGGCAAUGCACAGCAGAAAUACGUACUGAGUUUGUCUUACAAUGCUGUCUUCUUUCAACAGUCAUGGAAUUAAAAGCAAAAGUAUCCUGUAUCCUCUAGAAAAAUGGAAAAAAAAAAGCUAAUUCUAAUAUGUAUGCUCUGAUCAAUUUCCUGUGAUGGUCUUAUUAACAUUGCUUUUGAAGUGGCUGAGUUAUAUUUAUAAGAAGUAACUUGUUGUGUUUGAAUAAAACCAGAAUGAGGCA